GCUGCUGCGAUUGUUUCGGGGCGCUUCAGCUGACCUCAUAUCAAACAAACGCGCUCAACUUUUCGGUCAAAUUCAAUGUUAGCAACAAAACAAAAAAAUAUAUACAUAUAUACACAUAUUAACAAUGUCGACGGCAAUGAAUUUCGGCACAAAAUCAUUUAAACCACGACCUCCUGAGAAAGGAUCGUUUCCUUUAGACCAUUUCGGUGAAUGUAAGGAGUUCAAAGAGAAAUUCAUGCGCUGUCUCAGAGACAACAACUUUGACAGCACUCCUUGUCGACUACAGUCCAAAGAUUAUCUGGAGUGUAGAAUGGACAAGCAAUUGAUGGCGAAGGAGCCUCUAGAGAAGCUCGGCUUCAAGGACCUAAUGGACCAAGUCAAAGAGGAGAGUCAGGAGAAACCUUAACAAAAUCAAAUCAUGAAAUGUAUUAUUUAUUUAUCUAAAGUUUGUUAUAAUGGUACUGUAAAUAAGGUUCAUGUAUAUAAGUUAUAAUAUGCAUAAAAGUUUUUUCAUAUAUCUUA